UCCAACAUGGAAGAGUUUAAAGAUGCAAGUCCACCUGAAGAAUUACUUGAUCACUUAAAGCUUUCUGAUGAGAAGUCUGCAGAGACUGGCCCCAGAGAUGUGCAGAAUCCCCAGAACAUUGAAAGUGGAUAUACACCAUCUUCAGCCAAAGAUCCCACAACAGCAGAUGAGUGUUUCCAUGACUGUCACGACUCCUUUGAGGCCAAAGAACCUCUGCUGGAUGAUGAAGGGAGUUUACAGAAUGAUGAGAGUAGCUCAAGGAAGCAGACAGAACUAGAUGAAGAAUACUUACUAGAACUAGAAAAAGAUAUGCCAGAGGAAGAAAAACAGAAAAGAAGAAAGGAGAGCACAGCACUGAAGGAGAAAGGAAAUGAGCAGUUCAAGAAAGGAGACUAUGGAGAGGCAGAAGACUCUUACACGAAGGCUCUGCAGAUUUGUCCAGCCUGCUUCCAGAAAGAUAGGGCUGUUUUAUUUUCAAACAGAGCUGCUGCAAAAAUGAAACAGGACAAGACAGAAGCUGCCCUAAGUGACUGCAGCAAAGCAGUGGAAUUAGAUCCUAACUAUAUUAGAGCUUUGCUGAGGAGAGCAGAACUAUAUGAAAAAACAGAAAAACUAGAUGAAGCUCUGGAAGAUUAUAAGGCAAUCCUAGAAAAAGACCCAUCAGUUCAUCAAGCCAGAGAAGCUUGCAUGCGAUUACCUAGACAAAUUGAAGAGCGGAAUGAAAAAUUAAAGAAAGAAAUGUUAGGCAAGCUGAAGGAUCUUGGGAAUUUGGUUCUCCGCCCCUUUGGCCUGUCAACAGAAAAUUUCCAGAUAAAACAGGAUUCAUCAACUGGUUCAUACUCCAUCAAUUUUGUUCAAAAUCCAAACAACAAUAGAUAACAUUAAUUCAGUCUAGUUCUGCUGGCUUUCAGGCUUUGUGACCGUGUGCUUGCACGUACCAGUGAAAGGAUUCAGCAACCAUUCUUCACGCUCCCCCAGUGAAGAUAAGACUUGAGCAUAUUCAUUUCCCUGCUUGUGAAAUUAUUUACAAUCUGGAUGUAAAGCAAGUCAUUUGACUUAGCUUAGUGAUAAUGGUGUCCGGUGUGUGAUUUUUUUUUUUAAAUAUUAUUAUUAUUGUUUUAUUUUUUUCCCUCUUCCCUUGCGGUGUUUGGAUGUCCAACAGUCAGGUUCAUUAUUUUGGCCCAUUCAGUGCUGGCAACAAAAUUCUAGCAAGCAAUUCAGUUGAAUCAAAAUGCCCACGCACCUGUAGCCAAGAACAAAGCCUAAUGGUGUCUUGGGGAAUUAAUGAGUCUAGCAGAAGCACUUCUCCACACUCAGCAGGUGGAUAUGACUGACAGCAUGCAUGGAAGCAAGCCAGCCUCUCCUGUGGAAUAAUUUUUCUUUGUAAUAAAGGCUUGGUAUUUCUGUCAGUUUGGUUUGUGAAGUUCUUGCCUUAUUUGAGUCCUUCCCAUGGUGGUAUUGUUUUUAAAUGCUUAUAGUCACCCACAAAUAACAUACUUGCAAGACAUUAAUUUGAAGCAUUUGAUUUAUUUUUUUUUUGUCUUGCUUAUAGCAAUAUCAGUAAAUUAACCUCAAGCCACCUUUAUGUCACAGUUUGUUUACUUUUUAUUAAUUUUUCUGAAGGUAACAAGGAAAUUUUGUGCCUCUGUGCGUGUAUGUGUAUGUACACACACACACGUUGUAAUGGUACCAUAAAAUUAAUUAAACUUGCUUGUAUGAGAUUCAUUCAUAUUACAGAUAUCCAUAAUGGCAAACCAACAAGUGAUGUUAAAGUUGAUUGCAAAAGAUCUUCAUAAUGUACUAGACCUUGAAGACUGUGCAGUAUCCAUAUACACAGGUACUGUAGUUAAUUCAGAUUUUGGAGAAGGGGUGUCUGUCUUUUGUAAUUACUCUUUUGUAUAUCGACGCUGAAAUGUUUACAUCGGAGGCAGAUUUUUCAGUUGUCUCAAUGCAGAUUUCAAUACAUGAUUAAUUAAAUAAUUAGUGGUGGCUGCCUGUUGGCUAUCAGUUGUCAUCUUAAUUUUAUUUCAGGAAGUCUCUUUACAUGUACUUAAGGACUGAAAUUAUAGAGCUCCAGUCUUCAUACUGAUACAUCUGAAAGUAAUAGUCUCUCAAGCUAAGGUGUUCUUGGUGCUUUAUUUUCAUUUUUGUCUCUGCAGCUGUGGAGAGGUUUUUUUGAUUGGUGCUUAACUCUGUCCUGCUGCAUUUUUAGUUUUGACUUUGUGGUUACCUGUUUGCUUGUAAACUUUCUCAAGUCUGCAGUGAGUGUGUACGAAGUCUGUGGGAAUUAAAAUAUCAUUGUCAAAAGAGAGAAGCCCUAAUUUACAGUGAGACCUGUGCAGCCUUUAACAUCUUCUGCAUAAUUAAAAUGUCACUUAAGUAAGUAACAGCAAACGGCCUCUAGGAUUUCCAUGUGCUGAAACUGUAACUAUGCUGUGCUUUACUGGAGUAAAGUUUCUAAUGUGCAAGGCUGAAUUUCCUUUACUAAUAAAAGUUUGGGUAAAGGGGUAGGUGUGUGGGUGGGAGCUUUUAAAGAAAGAUUCUGCUCCUCGGAGCAGCCACGGAGCUGCUGGAGCAGGG